GUGUCGUCCGCCGGGACUGGUGGGGAAGUGUCCCGGGAUUUGGCGGGGUCCGGGCGCCGCACGUGGGCCGAGUGUGGAGGCGAGCGGCCGCCAACUUGGUUCUGAUGUUUGACCAUGGAGAUGUGAGCUGAGCCUUCCUGAGCCUUCCUACCGAAGACCGGGGAACAUGGCUCCUUGGAAUUGGCACGGCCCAUGGAGGAAGCUUGUCUACAGGACGUGGGGCCUGCACCUGUGUGGGAGCCUCACCCCGAGACUGCAUGUUCAUCUCGAAGAUUCCUGGCUGCGAUUCGGAGAGGGAAGCGAGGAUGUCGGCUUGGCCCACCUGGUGCACUAGCAGGAAAACCGGAGGUCGGGGCGCCGUCUUACCCCACGGAUUCGGCUCCAAACUACAUUUCCCAGGAGCCCCCGGGGGACCUGGGCUGCCUUUUCACUUGCCUGCGGCGCGCUCGGACUCCGGAGAAGAGGAAGUGCAAGGUGAGCGACCUAGGUCCUGGGGUCUCGACUUGAUUGUUCCGGCUCGUCCCUGGGGUUCUACAGGAACUGUCCGACCUUGUCUGGAGUCUCCGCCCUGUGAAAACAGCCCCAAAGAGGACUGACCUCUCCUGCAAUAGUGAAAGCCAUGGCCCAGGGAUCAGUGGUGUUCAGUGAUGUGUCCGUAGACUUCUCUCAGGAGGAGUGGGAGGGCCUGGCACCUGCUCACAGGGACUUGUACAGGGAAGUGAUGCUGGAGAACUACAGCAACCUGGUGUCCGUGGGGCUUAACAUUCCUAAGCCUCAAGUUAUCUCCUUAUUGGAACAAGGGAAAGAGCCCUGGGUCGUUGGCAGAGAGCUGAUGAGAGGACUGUGUUCAGAUCUGGAAUCAGUGUAUGAAACCAAGUUAUUAUCUCUAAAGAAGAAAGUUAAUGGAAGAGAAUCAUGCCAGAGGGAGUUAAUGGGACUUACAAAGCAUGGUCUUGAGUACUCCAACUUUAGAGAUGUGUUGGAAUCCAGAAGCCACUUUGAAAGACAACUGGGGUAUGAAAAUGGGCAUAUCAUCCAAGAAGUACUCACUCAUGAAAUACCCACAUUUAUUCAACAGACAUUCUGUACACCUCAUCAGAUAACUGUAAAUGAAGAAAAACCCUAUGAAUGCAAGAAAUGUGGAAAGGUCUUUAGUCAGAAUUCACAAUUUAUUCAACAUCAGAGAAUUCAUAUUGGUGAAAAAUCUUAUGAAUAUAAGGAGUGUGGGAAAUUUUUUAGUUGUGGCUCACAUGUUACUCGACGUCUGGUGAAUAAGCCCUUUGAAUGUAAGGAUUGUGGAAAGGCCUUCAGUUACAACUCACACCUUUCUCAACAUCAGAGAAUGCAUACUGGUAAGAAACCCUAUGAAUGUAAGGAAUGUGGGAAGGCCUUUAGGUACUACUCAAAUCUUAUGGACCAUCAGAGAAUUCACUCUGGUGAAAAACCCUAUGAAUGUAAAGUGUGUGGGAAAGCCUUUACUAAGAGCUCACAACAUUUCCUACAUGUGCGAGUUCAUACAGGUGAAAAGCCAUAUGAAUGUAAGGAAUGUGGCAGAGCUUUUACUGAGAGCUCAAAGCUUGUUCAGCAUCAGAGAAUUCAUACUGGUGAGAAACCCUAUGUGUGCAAGGAAUGUGGCAAAGCCUUUAGUUAUGCCUCAGCACUUACUAAUCAUCAGAGAAUUCACACUGGGGAGAAACCCUAUGAUUGUAAGGAAUGUGGGAAGGCUUUUACUCAGAGUUCACAACUUCUUCAUCAUCAGAGAAUUCAUGCUGGUGAGAAACCCUUUGAAUGUCUUCAAUGUGGGAAGGCCUUCACUCAGAACUCCCAACUUCUUCAACAUCAGAGAAUUCAUACAGAUGAAAAGCCAUAUGAAUGUAGUGAAUGUGGAAAGGCCUUUAAUAAAUGCUCAAACCUUACUCGACAUCUGCGAAUUCAUACUGGUGAAAAGCUCUAUAACUGUAGAGAAUGUGGAAAGGCAUUUAGUAGUGGUUCGAAUCUCAUUCGUCACCAGGGAAUUCAUACUGAUGAAUAGUAAAGUUUAAAGCUCUUGUCAUCUUUCUAAUAUUUUAAACAAAAAAAAUUGAUGUUACCUUCUUUCACUAUUUUUUGCUUACAGAUAUAAAUUGACAUUUGCCUGUUCCACCCACUCCCAAACCUUGUACUAAUGGCAGUUGUUGAAAUAACUAUCUUCUCUGUUACUUUGGUCUGUCUUCUUGGUGAUAUGUCAUAUUCUUGUUUAUAUCUUUGCUUGUGUUUCGGGGCUGUCUUUUCUUUGAUCUCUGUAUUUGUGCUUACACCACCUUCACUCUGUUUAAAUUGUGUGACCUUGUAAUUUUUAAAUCUUUGUAGAAAUUAUAACUUUGUUUUUGAAGUUAGUGUUAAUCUUUUGUUUCAUUUUGCAAACAUA